AUGGUUUCAGCCCUCCUCAACCAAACAAACUCGAGUGCAUCAACCUCCUGCACAGUGGACUCCUCAGUGGAUAAACACAUGUAUCCAGCUGCGUAUUCUCUUUUUUUCGUUGUGGGCUUUCCGGCGAACUGCCUGUCUCUGUAUGUAGCCUGGAUGCUGAUGAGAAAAGGGAACAACAUGGCAGUCUACCUUGUCAACCUGUCCAUCUCAGACCUGCUCUACACAGUCUCUCUUCCUAUGUGGAUUGAACUGGCCCUGCAGAGUCCUGUAGGUGGUGAUCUCUGCAGCUUAGGGGCUGUGAUCAUGUACAACAGCUUUUACGUCGGCUCUGGCCUCCUUUGCUGCAUCUCCGUUGAUCGCUAUCUAGCAGUGGUCUAUCCUCUCCACUUUCACCGGGUCAGAGAGGUGCGGACAGCAGCAGCUGUGAGUAUUGCUGUAUGGGCUUUGGAGAUUGUUGUGCACAUUGUCUUACUUGACCACACAGGGGCGCUGCAAGCGUUCUCCUCAAAUUACUUGUGUGAGGAGCGAGUACCCAUGGCACAAGAGGAUGCCAACCUCGCUCUUAUACGGGUCAGCCUGGGUUUCUUGGUCCCUGUCUUCAUCAUGGCUUUUUGCUUUCAUCAGAUCAUGCGAUCACUCCAACAGAACACCUCCAUCCUGACAGGGGAGCGCAGGAAAGUGGGACUGCUGUUGUUUUCCCUGCUUCUAACCUACAUAGUGGCUUUUGUGCCCUACCAGACUGUCAUGCUGCUCAGGGCCAUAUUGGAGCCCGGAGCCUGCAUCUGGGCCACGAGGCUCAGGGAUCCAUAUCUGGUCACAGUUGCCACCACGACCAUAAACAGCGUACUGGAUCCUAUAAUAUACUGUUUAAUCAAUGAGAGUGCCCAGAAAGAGAUUAGGAAAGCUCUAGAGAAAGGCAGGGGAGUUUUUAUGUGGAGGAAAUCAUUGGAGCGCUCCUAUGGAGUUCAGUCAGCUUCCUAA